AUGAGCUGCAGCUACCUUCUGUGCACCAUCCUUCUCUUUGUGGCCGUCCUGCUGGCCGUCACGGUGACGGGCACCAUCCUCUUCAUGAACCACAACCGGGCGCCGCCCAUGUCGGAUGGGGUGCCGCACAUCUCCACCAACCAGGACGAGGCUAACGCCUUGGUGACGGUGGAGCGCGGCGAUGGUUCCCGCGUCAACAUCUUCAUUGACCCCAACUGCCCAGACUACAGCGGCAAUUUUUUGCGACUGGAAGGCGUGCAAACCUCGCUUCUGCACUCGCUCACUGACCACGACUCGGACCUCAAGUCGGUCAAAGGUCAGGAUCGCGCGCUGCUGGUCAGCCUGGCGGAGGAAGUAGCCAAGCUGUCCGCCCACGCGGGACAACUCAAGAUGGACUACGAGGCUCUACGCCGGGGGCAGGGGAGCCUGGGGCAAGAUCUCAACACGCUGCAAUCGGAGCAGGCACGCCUCAUACAGCUGCUGUCAGACAGUCAGGUAAACAUGGUGAAGGUGGUCAACUCGGUCAGCGACGCUCUCAAUGCCAUGCAGAAGGAGAACGUGGGCCUCAAAGCGCGCACCAAGGCCGACCUCCAGAGGGCGCCGGCCAGGGGCGCCCGCUUCAAAGGCUGCGCCAACGGUAAAGGCUCGCGUCCGCGCGAUUGCGGCGAUUUGUACGCCAGCGGCCAACGAGAGGAUGGUAUCUACUCCGUGUUCCCCGUCCACCACCCCACCGGCUUCCAGGUCUACUGCGACAUGACUACGGACGGAGGCGGCUGGACGGUGAUCCAGCGCAGAGAGGACGGCUCAGUGAGCUUCUUCCGGGCCUGGGAGUCCUACCGAGAGGGAUUCGGGAAAAUCACUGGCGAACACUGGCUCGGGCUGAAGCAGAUCCACGCCCUGUCCAUUCAAGGUAACUACGAGCUGCGUAUUGACUUGGAGGACUUUGAGAACGGAACGGCUUACGCCCAGUACGGCACCUUCGGCGUAGGACUCUUCUCCGUUGACCCCGAUGAUGACGGCUACCCGCUGACAGUUGGAGACUACUCGGGAAACGCAGGCGACUCUCUUCUCAAGCACAACGGCAUGAAGUUCACCACCAAGGACCGCGACAACGACCACUCUGAGAACAACUGCGCCUCCUUCUACCACGGCGCCUGGUGGUACCGCAACUGUCACACGUCCAACCUCAACGGCCAGUACCUGCGCGGCCAGCACACGUCCUACGCCGACGGCAUCGAGUGGUCGGCGUGGACCGGCUGGCAGUACUCGCUCAAGUUCUCCGAGAUGAAGAUACGGCCUACGCGUGACCUGGAGAGCAAAUAA